CGGAUCUGAGCCUCAUCCCACACCACACUCCUUCUCUCUCGUCAGAACAUCUUCUUUUCCUUAUUCAACAAUGGCUCCCACAAAGGCAGAGAAGAAGCCCGCAGAGAAGAAGCCCGCGGAGAAGGCCCCAGCCGAUAAGAAGCCCAAGGCCGAGAAGAAGAUCUCGAAGGAAGGAGGGAGCGACAAGAAGAAGAAGAGAACGAAGAAGAGCGUGGAAACCUACAAGAUCUACAUCUUCAAGGUUUUGAAGCAAGUGCAUCCCGACAUCGGGAUCUCCAGCAAGGCCAUGGGGAUCAUGAACAGCUUCAUAAACGACAUCUUUGAGAAACUCGCGCAGGAGUCCUCCCGAUUGGCCAGGUACAACAAGAAGCCCACCAUCACCUCCCGCGAGAUCCAAACGGCGGUGCGUUUGGUCCUCCCCGGAGAGCUCGCCAAGCACGCCGUUUCCGAAGGCACCAAGGCUGUCACCAAAUUCACUAGCUCUUAGAUUCCUUCUCUGCUUUAUGUUGCCCCCAUUUGCUUUACAUUUAAUUAGGGUUUCUUCGUGCUUUCUUAUCUUCAGGUUGUAGAUGUAAAAUAAAACUUUAUAUUUAAAUAAUAUAAUUUCUGUUUUGCUAUUUUGUGUCA